UGAGUGUUGGAUAGACGUGUGUUGGGAUUAAUCUCCUCUGAAACUUUUAUUUAGCAGACUCUGCAGUGCGUGUUGAGGGUGGUUGCUGAGGAUGGGGCUUUGGUUUGUGAUGCUGUGGGUGUUCAGCAUGCAGUGUGGUGAGGUGGAUGCUUUCUUUGACUGGCUGAAGACGUCUGCACCCGCUCCUGCUCCUGCUCCUCCUCCUCCAGAGGAAACUAUUGCCCCGAUUCUGCUCCACGGAGAGACUCCGGCCUUUGAAAUGAGUGUUGUUGAUGAGAAGUUUUUGGCAGAAGCAAAGCAGAUGGAACUCAGUCCACUGGAUAGCUGCCAUUUCCGGGUUGUUGCUCAGCUCAAAGCUACUUGCAGCGGCCUGUCAGAGGAGCAGCUGGCCAAACUGGGCGUGGCUUUGUUCAACUGCCAAUCAGAGGUGGAGGGUCGCAGGACUUACCCUUGCACUGAAGAAAUGUCUAUUAAAGAGUGCACAGCGGACAUGGACUCGGAUACGUGGAAUGCAUAUCACAUUGUCAGUAACCGAGCGCGCUCUGUGUGUUACGCCACGCGCCAGCAGCACUUCCGCAAGCGAGCGGAGCUAACCGUCAAUGCCCUGAUCUCCACCGCAACUAGUCAACUAGAUGCUAUGAAAGACCUAAAGGAGGGUCAGAAAGAGCUGAGGGAGAUGACCGCCGCGUCACUGGACAAGCUGCUUGAGGGUCACAGCGCCCUACAGCUCCAGCAAGGGGCCCUAAAGGAAGGGCAAGAGCAGCUGGAUACCUCCAUCAGUGAAAAUCUGCAGAGACUGGCACAGGAGAAAGUUCUCAUCAGCACCGGGCAGCAACUAGUGGCUCAGUUAAUUCAGGGCAUUACACGGAGAAUGGAGAAUGUAAGUGGGCAGCUGAAGGAUCAGAGUGCAGAAGUGCAGGAAGGACAUCAGGCGAUUCUUGAUGACCUGGCUGUGGUCCGAGGAAGUGCUCAGGACAUCUAUGAAAAAAUGGAGCUCAAUCUGAACGGCUUCCUGCAGCAGCAGAACACGACGGCUCAGUUCUACUCCGAGCUCAUGAGGAAGCUGGAGCGCAUGAAUGGGACUCUGGGGUACAUGCUGAUGUAUCUGGACAAUAUGCAGAAUCGACUGGAGGACAGGCUGCAGAUGAUCCAAGGCUAUCUUGGCUGGGCAGGCUUGAGUCUGUGUGCUCUGUGGACCUGUGUGAUGCAUGCUGGUUACUUCCUGUUGUCUGCGGUGCUGCUGUCGUUCCUGCAGUGUGCCACGUUCUCCCGCGUCUCUCUGCUCCUCGUGGUCCCAAUCAAUGCAAUUGCAGAGAUCAACCAGCAGUCUGCACUCGACUUGGUCUCGCUCACUUUGUUGUUGUUCACACUUUCGAUAGGUCGCUGGUUUGUCCUGCAGAUGCUUUGGGCAUUGUCUAAAAUGAAGGGUCAGACCUGCAGUCCCGCUCCUCUCCCUAUAGGCCCUCCUAUAGAGGAGACUCCAGAAAAACAGAGCCGAUCAACUGAGCGCUGCCAUAAGUCCUCUUCCACUCCUGUCUUGAAUGACCCAGACUGCGAUUUGGAGGUUGAGAGUUUCAUGAUGGGUGAUCCAUACAUGCUGUCCAUGUCCCCAUCUCAGUCUCAUGGUCCAAAGUUCAGUCAUCUAAUCACAGGCACACCCAACCAUUCAACCCCCAGACUCAAGAAUCGCCACAGCAUUGGAGCAGCAGUGCUGGACAAUGUGCCUCAGAAGAACCUAGGAGGUGUGCUGGAGACCAUGAAGCCCUCCCGAAGCUCAAGCCCCAACCAUUCACUUGCCAGCAACAGUUCUUUUUCAGGUCGCCCGCUGUGCAGCGGUAUCACUCGGCUGGGUCAGCCAUGCAAAAAGAGGGCUCUGGUGGGUCAGGACUACUGUAGACUACAUGAGGGUGGCCACACCUCCUACAGUCGACUCUGAAAUGGAUUCAGCAUUUCUUGUCUAAUAAUGGACUUCAUUUCUGUUUCCAGAAGUGUUUGCAGAAUGUACAUUGAAUGCUAGAGCACUUUUGUCUUAACUACUUAAUCGUGGUAGUUUGUCUUUUUGGUCACAGUGGGUUUUAUUUCAUGUUUGUUGUAGUGCCACUUAUAGAUGUAGUCUGCAUUGUUUAUAAUACAUUAUGUAAAGUAAGAUUGAGAUGCACGCUUUUAAAUUUCCAUGUACUUAUAGAUUUCACCAUACUGUCUGCAAAUGCAUUAUAUGUCUUACAAGCAUUUAUUAAAGCUUUUUU